AUGUCAACUUUCGGUCUCUCUAUUUUCUUCAUUCAGCGCUCCCCCCCCGCUCGUCACAUACCCCCACCCCCACCCCCCGACCGCAAACCAUUUUCUUGUCGACGAUUUAAUUCUUGCUUAUUUCUUUUCUUUUCUUUCCUUCUCCCUCUCUCUCUCCUUUUCUCUCUCCCCCUCUCUCCUUCUAUCUCCCUGUCUCCUUUUCUCUCACCCUCUCUCUCCUUCUCUCUCUCUCCCUCUCUCUCCUUCUUUCUCCCCCUCUCUCUCCUCUCUCUCCCCCUCUCUCCUUUUCUCUCCCCCUCUCUCUCCUUCUCUCUCCCUCUCUCUCCUUCUUCUCUCUCUCCCCUCUCUCCUUUUCUCUCUCCUUAUCUCUCUCUCCUUAUCUCUCUCCUCGCCAUAUCUUCCCUCUCUCUCUUUUUCUCCCCAUCCCCACAAUUUUUUAAACCUUAUAUUGGAAUUUUGAUUUUUCUUUCUUCCUCUUUUAAUAUCAUUUUUUUCCCUUUCCUUUUUUCUUUUUUCUUUCUCUCCCACUUCCUUUUCUGCCCGCGAAAUGGCCACUCUUCCUUCUCUUUCGAAGUGACCAUCUGUUUCUUCCAUAAAAAUAAUAUCAUGGCAUAUAAAAUCUUCUCUUUCAUCGCCAUUGAUUUGAAUCUUUUCUCUCUUGAUCUAUCUAUCUAUCUAUCUAUCUAUCUAUCUAUCUAUCUAUCUAUCUAUCUAUCUCAGCUUCUUCAUAUCUAUCUAUCUAUCUAUCUAUCUAUCUAUCUAUCUGUCUGUCUGUCUGUCAAUCUGUUCAUAUUUAUCUAUAUAUCUAUCUCAAUCAGUUCAUAUCUAUAUCAGCCACUUCAUAUCUAUCUAUCUAUCUAUCUAUCUAUCUAUCUAUCUAUCUAUCUAUCUAUCUAUCUCAUCAUAUCUAUCUAUCUAUCUAUCUAUCUAUCUAUCUAUCUAUCGAUCGAUCUUAACCUGUUCAUAUCUAUCUUUCUCUAUCUAUCUAUCUAUCUAUCUAUCUGUGUGACUGUCUCUUGUAUGCUGUUCCUAUCUUUCUCAUGUAUGACACUUAUGGCAGAAUUCUAA